CUAAAUAUCAGCAUAUAUAAUAAUAUUGAUGAAUCCUAAUAGAAAUCAAGUAAUUUAAUAUGCUGAAUAUUCAUCUGAUCCACUCAGAAAUCAACAAUAAAUUUUACCAAACACAUAAUAAUAAUAAUAACCAAUAUUAUUUUCUUAAGUAAUACAAAGGAAUAAUGCAAAUGGAUGUGAUUUUCCAGCUGAUAUUGUUUGCCCAUAUUGCUCAAGAAUGAUUUAAACCCAUGUCAAAUAUAAAAUAGGAGUUCAUACUUGGAUAGUAGUAUUAUUAUUAUUAGUUUUAUUUUUUCCUUUGUUCUUUUUACCAUUUUGUUUCUUAGAAUGCUAAGACAAACAGCACAUAUGUCCACACUGCAUUUAGAAAGUUGGCUAUAAAUAAUAUAAAAUUUUUUGA